CGGAGGGAUUAUAAGCAGCAGUCUGUCCUACAGCAGCAACUUGCCUCUCAUAUAUCCAACAGCCGCUACUACAGCACCUACACCGGGCAGCAGGAGUCUAACGUGGCUCCAUUGUUGGGAAAGAUGCGGCUGAUCCAGAACAUGUGCACUAUCACGGAGUACCCACCGGGCACCCACACGGAAUGUGCCAGCAGCAGUGCGGGCACCGCCUCUAGCCGGGUCAUCAAGAUCGCUGUGGUCGGGGGCAGUGGCGUGGGCAAGACAGCCCUGGUGGUGAGAUUCCUUACCAAGCGCUUUAUUGGCGACUAUGAAAGAAAUGCAGGAAAUCUGUACAGCAGACAAGUGCAGAUCGAUGGAAUGAAUCUUGCCAUCCAGGUUCAGGACACACCAGGAGUACAGAUAAAUGAUCAGAAUCUGGACUCUAAUGAGCAGCUCAACAAAUCCCUGAGGUGGGCCGAUGCUGUUGUGAUCGUGUUCUCCAUCACAGACUGUAAAAGCUUUGAUCUUAUCAGUCGCCUGCACCAGCACGCCCGGCAGCUUCACCCCGAUAACAGAAUCCCUAUUGUCAUUGUCGCCAAUAAAGCAGAUCUGCUGCACCUGAAACAGGUGGAACCACAGCAUGGACUUCAGCUGGCCAACAUGUUGGGUUGCACUUUCUAUGAAGUGAGUGUUAGCGAGAACUAUAUCGAUGUGUACAAUGCUUUCCAGGUACUGUGUAAAGAAAUCAGCAAGCAGCAGAACACAGGAACCCCUGAAAGGCGGAAAAACUCGCUUAUUCCACGUCCAAAGUCACCAAACAUGCAGGACUUAAAAAGGCGUUUUAAGCAGGCAUUAUCUGCCAAAGUCAGGACUGCCACUUCCGUCUGAAGAGUGACUCCAAGCGUUGGGUCAGUUGGAUUUUCUAAGAAAAGAGCUCAUGAAGUUGCUGGUUUAGAAUGUGUAACUUUGGCAUUGGCGACUCUUAGGAAGCGCAGCAAUGAAGAUGGUUAUGGAUCAGUGUCUGCAGAGCGGCUCUGCAGCGUGGCGAGGUGAAGGCAACUAAAAGUGAUUAUGGGACCGUGAGAGUCCACAGAGAACAGUCACUGAUUGCAACAGUCUCUUGUGUUGUGGGAAGUGCUGGCAGUGGACUGGCAUUCGAUGCAGUAAUUGUAUUCUAGUGAUUGUGUUCAAGCUCUUUCUGCGACAGUGUAGCAUUUUCCUUAGUUCUGUUAACCUUUUGAGUUCUGGGGUAAUGUGCAAUGCAUUGAUCUUAAGUACAUAUGGUUAUUGCUGUAUGUGAAAGCAAACCGAAACAUGUCUUUUUAUUCCUGCUUUUAACUGUAUUUGCACAUUGGACUUAAUCACCUGCAUUCCCACCAUCCACAGAAUCUGCCCGUUGUGCCAUAUGGAACCAUUCUGUGGUUGUGCUUAGCAUUUGUGUCUUGGAUCCACCCUGGGGCGUUGUUGGAACUCCAUCCUUACAGUGUAUAGACUAUAAUAAAGGCAGCACCAUUGUUUCUGGAGACAUGCCAAAGCCACAGUCUCCCUCUCCCUGGAGACUUACAUCCUGGCUUGUGUAUUGUAUGAAUUGCACUUUAAAAGCCACUUGUGCUUUCUGCUUUGUAAACAGUAAUUUAUUUAUUUUAUGUACAAUAAACCUCCCUUUGGGACUACCUUUUUAA